GAUGACUGGCAGAAAUGGCACCCAAUGCACUAUGGCAGCUGCCUCUGGAGGCGGGAUCACUCUUUGACAGGCACCAUGCCGGCCCGCGGGCUGGAAUGGCGCUGAGGGGAGGCGGUGCCUACUCCUGACAAGCAGCACCCUUGGCCAAUACGAUUAAGGCGCUGUCGGCGGGAGGUGAGACCUAUGUUUGACAGGCAAGCAGGGGGCCCAAUGGGCCGAGGCAGGAAAGGGGCUGAUUCUGGAAGCCAUUACGCCACUGCCGCAGGGUGGAGGCUGUUUAGCGGGGCCUGCUGUGUGGCCGCGGUACGCAAUUUGCGUAUCUUUUGCUAUUGAAGGGGGUAGCACCCCAGGGCCCGUGAGGCCCCUUGGGGCCCCCUCUUUUUUCCUGGCCCUAUAGGUCACCAGAUCCUGUUAGGUCUUCGGGGCCCCUGGGUCCCACCCCUCUCCUGCCUCCGUUAGGCCCCAAGUCCCUCUCAGGGCCCCUAGUAGCCCUCUCCACCCCUCUCUGGUCCCCCCCUCGGCCCUCUAAGGCCUCCUGCCCUUCUAGGCUCCUCUAGGGCCCUUUUGGGCUCCCAACUCCCUGUCAGGCCCCCAGCCCCAGUUCCUCUCAGGCUUCCUGCCCUUCCAACCCCCCUCUAGGGCCCUUUGCCCCCGCCCUCCGCCCCCAGCCCUUGUCAGGCCUCCAGAGCUCCCAUCUUCCCCUCAGCCCCGUCACUCCAUGGCCAUGGCAUCGCCCCUGGCCCCCCCAGCGAAGAAGCGUAAGAUGAACUUCUCGGAGCGGGAGGUGGAGAUCAUCGUCGAGGAGCUGGAACGAGGCAAGCACCUGCUCAUCAACCACUUCAACGCGGGGGUCCCACUGGCCACCAAGGCCGCCGCCUGGCACGACAUCUUGCGCCGCGUCAACGCCGUGGCCACCUGCCGCCGCGAGCUGCCGGAGGUCAAGAAGAAGUGGUCAGACCUCAAGACUGAGGUGCGGCGCAAGGUGGCGCAGGUCCGGGCCGCUAUGGAAGGAGGUGGUAUAGGGCAGGAUGGAGCCGGCGAGGGCCAGGACGGCGAGGACCCGACUGGUGCCACAGCCACCCCUGUCAUACUCACCCCCAUGCAGCAGCGAAUCUGCAACCUGCUAGGAGAAGCCACCAUCAUCAGUCUGCCUACUGGGGACUGCACUGCCGGGGAUGGUGCUGAGAUACCCAUCACAGCCUCCACCACCACUGUCACCCUGACCCAGAUCCCUGCAGAGACAACUUACCAUAGUCUGGAGGAUGGAGUGGUGGAAUACUGCACGACAGAGGCUCCCACAACUGUUACUGCUGAAGCACCCUUGGAGAUGAUGGCACAUCAAGCUGAGGCAUCCGUGAAACCCCAGGAGCUGAAAAGCCGAAUUGCCCUGAAUUCAGCCAAGCUCCUGCAGGAGCAGCGAGUGACCAACCUACAUGUGAAGGAGAUCGCCCAGCACUUGGAACAGCAAAAUGACCUGCUGCAGAUGAUCCGUCGCUCUCAGGAGGUUCAGGCAUGUGCGCAAGAGCGUCAGGCGCAGGCUAUGGAAGGGACCCAGGCUGCUCUGAGUGCCCUCAUCCAGAUCUUACGCCCCAUGAUCAAGGACUUCCGUCGAUUCCUGCAAAGUAAUACACCCAAUCCUUCGGUAACUGCUGACCCCAGCCAUGUGGCCCAGAAUGGGCAACAAGAUGGCAUCAUCCAAUGAAAUAAGGACCGACUGGACUCUUCUCUCAAAAGAGCUACAUUUGCUACUGUUGGACGCACUGGGUCAGAGGUAGGAGGAACAAGAUCUGCUCUCGUCAUUGUGGAUUGGUUGAGUUCCCGUCCUCUGGGGUCAAAAGCUGUUCCUGGACAGCAUCCUUUUCUAUGAUGAUCCUGCACUAUCUGCUUCUGUGGACUCAACAUCCAGGAUGGCAGCCAGGAUGUGUGAUUAAACUUGGAAAUGAAAAGCUUCACCUCUACAUGUGUAGAAGAUGAUUGAUUUGUUUACAAAAAAUAAUUUCAUUGUUAAUGUCUUCCUCUUGCCCCUCCACACUCCACUUGCAGAACCAAUGAGUCAAAAUUACGGAUUAAUACUUGCCAAAUAUUACUGUCAACAUGGAACUUUUUUAUGCUGAGUUAAAUUUGCUGUCGAACUCUCUGUAGGGCUGAGAAGCAGCGAGCUGAAAUUCCUGAUGGAAUGAAUUUGAUAUCUUUCUAUAAUGAUAUCUUUCUAUAAUGAUAUCUUUCUAUAAUGGAAAUAUUGAUGGGGCUCUUAACCAGACCAGUACAUGGGAUAUUGCUAUAUUUAAUAACCUUUAUUGUAUUGGUAGUUCAACUGUCUCUUGGAAGGAGGAGGAAGGGCUAAUGAACAGUGUUGUUUGAAAGCUUUGGCCCAUGGAAGAUCCUUGACCCAUCCAUUUAAGUCUUCCACUCCGAGUCAGGACAGCACCAUCAAUGGCUUUCCCACCUUGUUCACCAUCUAACCACAUCAGUACAAUUUUCUUGGCUUGUUUCUCUCAAACCCUGUGGAACCAAAUCAAUGACUCAGUUGCAGGUUAUUUUUAAAACAGACACUGCAUCCUAUCUGUUUGGUUUUACCUCACUUGUGAAUAUGAA